AUGCAGUCAAUUAAGAAUUAUGUUAAUGGAGAAUUAAAUGGGGAAUUAAAUAAUAAUGAAUUCAUGACUACAAGAAUGAAUAUAAUCAAUGCUGUAAAUAAAAUGAAUAUUAAAUCAGAAGAAUUUAAAGAUGGAUUUGAAAAUAAUCCUGUAAGAAUUAAAAUUUCUGAAUAUCUCAAAUUACUUUUUAAGGAUAAUUAUGAAACUAUAUGGAGAUUCAAAUCGAAGCAAUUUCAGAGGAAUAAUUUGCAUAAUUACAUUAAAUAUUAGAAAUUGAAAAUGAAUUAAAAUGAAGUCCAAGUCUUUGUUAAGACAUGUGAAUGGUUUCUAUUUAGAAUGGCAUACAUAAUACAAAAUUGGUGUUGUUUGUGA